AUAAACAAUCAUGAUACGAAGUUUAACCAGAUUAUACUCUACAGUCCCUAAGAUUGAAUUUCCUCCAAGUUUAUUACAUUUAAAAGUUGGGAAAAUCAUUCAAUGUGAGAGACAUCAAAAUGCUGAAAAGCUUUAUGUGAGUCAAAUUCAAAUUAAUAAUGAUGACGAGAAUAAUAUUAAUAAUACGAUUCAAGUAUGUUCAGGAUUAGUCAAUUAUAUUCCCAUUGACCAAAUGUUACAUAAACGAGUUAUAUUAGUGAUGAAUUUAAAACCGUCCAAAAUGAGAGGGAUCAAAUCAGAAGCUAUGGUGUUGGCUACUGAGAAAGUGGGAUGUGAUAAUAAUGAAGACACGUAUAAAGUUGAAUUAAUAAAUCCACCAAUAUCAUCACUGAUAGGUCAACGAUUACAAUUUGAGAAAUUUGAAUCUGAGUCGGAACCGUCGCGAUUGAAGCCGAAAAUUUGGGAACAGAUUCAAUUACAUUUAAUGACUAAUGAAAAGGGGGAAGCGGUUUAUAUUGAUGAUGACAAGAAUCAAUAUUUAUUAAAACAUGGUGAUGAUGUGGCCAAAUCAGAUACGUUGUGUAAUAGUAUUAUUCGAUAAAUAGAUGAAUAGAGAUGGUUAAGAACAAGCGAUUAAAAAUGAGCUCAUAACAAGAAUUUAUUGAAUAAAUGUACGAUAGGUAAUGCAAAGUUUAGAGGCGUUUGUUGAAUACGAAUCAACGAUAGAAAAAGUAGGAGUAAGCCAUGGAAAUAUAUGGCUAUAUGGUAGAAUAUUGAAAAUGGUAAAAUAUAAAAGAAAAGAUCUGGAAUAGGCAAUUUAUAACAUGAAGAAUGUAGAUCGCGUAUUAUUAUUUGUUCUCCACAGUGAUAAAUAUUAUAAGGAGAGAGAGAUGGACAUUGUUUAAUAUAUUUAUAUUAUAUAUAUGUACAACAUUAUGAUGAUAAUGAUGAUGAUACAAGGCUGAAAAGGAUAAAGUAAACAAGGCUAAAUC